UUGAACUCGACUUGAGGUCCCUUCUAGCUUUAGAUUUAUGAAACUGUGGUCCUUCUUGUACUUUGGAUUUAGAUAUUUUCUAAAUACUUAUAUGAUUAAUAACUCAUCAUUUUUAUUACAUGGCAAACUCAUUAAAGGUUAGGACAGACUUCUGUUUGUCAUUUGUAUUUUUAUGAGACAUAAAAAUCUGGGUGUUUUAAAAUUUGCAAACACACUCUUCCAGUUUAGUCUCAGAGUUGGCUUCAUUAAGAGACUUUGGUGUAAAAAGAUGCAUGGCAGAGAACACUAUUUGUAGUUUGCUGGAGUCUUGUCUAUUAGUUCAUGGAAGCAAAACAUAUAGGUGAUAUAUUUUUGUGUUUCCGUUUCCUUGGGGAUGGGGGAGGUGGUGAUCUGUUUAGAAGAAAUAAACUACUGCAUCUUUUUAUAGUUUUGCUGUAUUUCUGGUGAACCUCCUUAAACUGCAUGUAUAUGUUACUGUUCCUAUGUAUGUGUGUCUCUCUAUCACAUAACCCAGAACUUAUUUCCUCAGCCAAAUGGCUAGGGGACGAGCCUAGCCAAGAUUUUACCUCCAAUGGACGCAAGUUUCUUUGGUGAAGAUCUCUCCUGAGAGUUCGGGACUAGCAGAAAGAAGCGAGGAAAUUUCGACCGUUUGGUUCUUACGGAUAGGUAUUUAUGUACUCGGGUUUGUGUGAAUGUAAGCUACAGUAUUUGACUUUUCAGAAAAAAAAAUAUUUUGCAAGUGGCAUUGAAUGGUUGGCAAAACCAUAAACGGUAAGAACUAUUACUGAAAUGGAUCCCAUUUAAACUAUUAAAGGAUUCUUUGCCUUUAAUUGUUAACUUUAUCAUCACAGAAAGGGAUUUAGACUUUAUUAAGAUAACUUGAAUUUAACAGUAGGCAAGAAGUAACUAGCAAAAUUAAAUAUAAAUCUGAGAAGAGUGUUUGUGUUUAGUUUUUAAAGUAUUUUUUAUUUCUUUAUUUAUAAAGGGUAAGUAUUUAAAUAAUCGCACACAAAACCUUGCUCUUAAUUUCCUUACAUUGACCAGUUUGUUCAUAUUACAGAUAUGAUGGACGCGGUCACCUGCAUGACCUUUCUGAUUAUGAUGCUGAGUAUUCCACAUGGAACAGAGACUACCAGCUUUCUGAAGAGGAGGCACGAAUAGAUGCCCUGUGUGAUGAAGAGAGAGGAAGAAUAUAAGCGACUAAGUGAAGCCUUGGCAGAGGAUGGAAGUUAUAAUGCAGUGGGAUUCACUUAUGGCAGUGAUUAUUAUGACCCUUCUGAACCAACAGAAGAGGAAGAACCCUCAAAACAAAAAGUUGAAAAAAUUGAGGCAGAAAAUUCAGAGGAAAAUGAAGAACCUUUCAUUGCCCCAUUAGGAUUGAAUGUGCCUUCCGAUGUGGAGCUGCCACCAACAGCGAAGAUGCAUGCCAUCAUCGAGCGUACCGCCAAUUUUGUCUGCAAGCAGGGGGCUCAGUUCGAGAUCAUGCUGAAAGCCAAGCAGGCCCGCAACUCCCAGUUUGACUUUCUGCGCUUCGAUCACUACCUCAACCCCUACUAUAAACACAUCCAGAAAGCGAUGAAGGAAGGGCGAUACACCGUUCUGACAGAAAACAAAAGCGAAGAGAAGAGAAAUUCAGGGGCCAACUCAGAUGAUGAUGAUGAUGAUGACGAUGAUGGUAAUUACCUCCAUCCAUCACUCUUUGCUUCCAAAAAGUGCAGUCGUCUGGAAGAGCUUAUGAAGCCAUUGAAAGUGGUGGAUCCUGAUCACCCCCUUGCAGCACUUGUUCGUAAAGCCCAAGCUGAUAGUAAUGCGUCUACCCCACAGACAGCAGAUGGGGCAGCUGUGCAGACGGGACAGGUGGAGUACACUUCAGAUUCAACAGUGGCAGCCAUGUAUUAUAGCUACUACAUGUUGCCGGAUGGAACAUAUUGUCUUGCACCUCCACCCCCGGGAAUUGAUGUUGCUACUUACUACAGUGCUCUUCCUGCAGGGGUUAAUGUAUCUAGCACCACAGGAGUAACAACCGCGCCUCCCCCUCCUGGGACUACGCCGCCCCCACCCCCAGCUACAACGGAAUCCAGCAGUGGGCUAGCUUCUGCCACAACCCCGUCCAGUACGCUUGCUCCAGUGGUUGCCAUUAUUCCUCCACCUCCGGACAUCCAGCCUGUAAUUGACAAGUUGGCAGAAUACGUUGCUAGGAAUGGAAUUAAAUUUGAGACUAGUGUUCGUGCCAAGAAUGAUCAGAGGUUUGAAUUCCUACAGCCAUGGCACCAGUAUAAUGCCUACUAUGAGUUUAAGAAGCAGUUCUUCCUUCAGAAAGAAGGAGGCAACAGUUCACAGGUUGUAACAGCAACAGCAGUAGCAGAAGAGACUCCCGCAGAGCCUGCCCCUGAAAGUGCCCGUGAAGUGGUAGAAGAUGGUGCGUCUGAAGACGCUGCCGACAUGGGAGGAAAGGGCACCUCAGGGGCAAAAAAGGAGUCAGCUUCCAGUAAAGUCGUCAGUGAUGGCAAAUUGGUGAAAGCUUCAUUUGCUCCAAUAAGCUUUGCAAUCAAGGCCAAAGAAAAUGAUCUGCUUCCCCUGGAAAAAAACCGGGUUAAGCUAGAUGAUGACAGUGAUGAUGAUGAUGAAGAGGGCAAGGAAGGCCAAGAGAACUCAAGUAGUUCUGCAAACCCUAAUCCAGCACUUGUCACACCCUGCAUAGUUGUUGAGGAGAAGAAGCCUCAACUUACCCAGGAGGAGCUAGAAGCCAAACAAGCAAAGCAAAAGUUAGAGGACCGGCUUGCAGCUGCUGCCCGAGAAAAAUUGGCCCAAGCCUCCAAGGAGUCAAAGGAAAAACAGCUUCAGGCUGAACGGAAAAGGAAAGCUGCUCUCUUUUUACAGACUUUAAAAAACCCCCUAUCGGAAGCAGAGUCUGGGAAGAUGGAUGAUCAUCCCUUUGGUGGAGAGGAAGUCAGUAAUAUGCCAUGUACUUUACUGACUGGAGUGAGACCUCUGCCAGCUUUGGAAGUUAAGCCACCAGAACGGCCUUCAAGCAAAAGUAAAGAUCCUCCCCGAGAAGAAGAAAAGGAAAAGAAAAAGAAAAAGCACAAAAAAAGGUCUCGGACAAGAUCCCGAUCUCCCAAGUAUCAUUCAUCAUCUAAGUCCAGGUCUAGAUCACAUUCAAAAGCAAAGCAUUCUCUUCCCAGUGCCUAUAGAACUGUCCGACGGUCAAGGUCACGGUCAAGGUCGCCUAGAAGAAGAGCUCACUCACCUGAGAGAAGAAGAGAAGAAAGAAGUGUUCCAACAGCUUACCGUCUGAGCAAUAGCCCAGGAAUCAGCAGGAAACGUACUCGUUCCAGAAGUCCCCAUGAAAAAAAGAAGAAGAGACGGUCUCGGUCCCGCCCUAAGUCCAAGGCAAGGUCUCAGUCAGUGUCACCAAGCAAACAGGCUGCACAUAAGAACUCGGCCCAUUCAACCAGCAUCUCUCCUGUGGAGAGUAGAGAGUCCAGCCAAGAGCGCUCCAGGGGAGUUUCUCAGGAAAAGGAUGGUCAGAUCUCUUCAGCAAUUGUGUCUUCAGUGCAAAGUAAAAUAACUCAGGAUCUCAUGGCCAAAGUGAGAGCAAUGCUUGCCGCUUCCAAAAACAUACAAACUAGUGCCUCCUGAGACCCAGUGAACUGACCGUUCGUUAGGGGAACAUGUGGGAGGAGAUUUUGCAAGCAGUCUCCAUUGCCUCGUUGCAGCUAUGGAUCAGAGAACGCUGAACAUUUGGUCCACAGCUUCCUUUUGUAGGAGGUUAUUGGAAUUGGAAGAUCAGAAAAACCUUAUUUCUGUCCAGCCCCACCCUCACAAACGCUGCCAGAAUUUUCCACCCUGGAUCUCCCUUGGACAAUUGAAGGUUUUUGUAAAUUGAUUUUUGAUGACCUCUUCAGUUUAAGAUUUUUGACCAGCAGUCUCUUACCUGUAUAUUUGUAAAUAAUAUCAUGUUUCUGUGAAAAUGUAUUACCAAAUAAAAUGGGAGAAAAACA